AUGGAUUCGAUACCAUCAACCCUGAUAGGCCAGGUGCCAGGGUCGGUCGUGCCGCACGAGGCAAAUGGCAACGACCGCUUGAGUAUCGCAUCAUCACCUCAUCAUCUGUUGCCUGAGGGCGCAGUGCACGCAUGUCUCGGAUUGUUUUUCCAACGACAUUUCGCCACCGACUUUUGUUGCUUCGAUAUAAGAGUGGUUUUCGAGGGGAAAUGCCAUCAGAACGAGUCGCUUGCGUUUGCAAUCGUGGCUCUCUGCGUCCGGUAUUUAACGCUUGAGAGCGUCCAGGAUUUGUUCGGGCAGCCCGACCCAAAGUACGUCGAGAGACACUACCUACGCGCAGCGCGAGAAAGGUUCAAGCUCGUGUCCGACGAGCCCAGCAUAAUAAAUGUGCAAACGGGGCUGGUCCUAGCACUUGCCGAACUCCUGGCGAGCAAUGGGCUCCAAUAUUGGAUGACCACAGGCAUUGCCAUACGCAUGGCUCAAUAUAUGAGGCUCAACAAAGAGUACAAUGAGGGAGUCACCGUCCAAAUGCAAGAAAUCCGACGACGCGUAUUCUGGUCUUGCUGGGUCUUCGAUCGUACGUCGGCUUAUCUACUCAACAAGCCUCGUACGUUAUCAUUAGCAAACGUCGCAAUCGCUCUCCCCAACACCGAAGCGGCGCUUGUGCAUCACGAAGUCACAAAGGGAUGGACCUUGGACGAUUUCCACAAGAUGAAUGCCCGUAUGUCUGAGACUGGAAUGACGCCCUAUUACCUGAAAGCUGUCUCCCUGUGGAGUGACUUGGCGGAUUUCUCCGUAUGUCGCCGACGGCUGCGGGACAAUCUCCCGCCAACAGAACCCCGGAGCGCUUUCUAUAAACUCAAUGGUGAGCUGAGUCAGUGGUAUAAUGCUUUGGAGCCCACCAUCUCGUGGAGUGUUCCAAACUUUGAAAUGCAGCGUCACCUUGGCCAGGGCUCGCUGUUUCUUGCUACUCACUUGCUGAGUCGCAGUGCUGUUUGUGUAGGCCACCAAUGCUAUCUACCGCACCUUGAUAACUACACAGUACUGAGUGGCUCCAUUGACGCGGCGGGAUGGUCGUAUCUUCACCGCGAAGAGAGUCUUAUUGAAGCCUGCAUCUCAAAUGCGCUCUCUGUUGGCGAAAUCUUGACGUGGGCUGUUGCAGCACAGGUCUUCCAAGAUCACAAUGACCACCUACAGCGAUUAUGGGCCGCAAAGUCAAUAUUGAGCAUUGUGAGGAGUCUACUUUGGAUCCGGCACGCUACUGAUCCAAAAGUUAGCGAGACUAUGCAGGGACUUGCUGUCAAGUACCUUGAUGUCAUAUCUCGGCUUCUAUCAUCUUGGAUCGGCCAAUGGAAGGUGGCGAAACAAUGGUUGUCAAUCGUUGAGGCAUUGUCAGCCUUGUGCAACGCGGCUUACCUCGGGGAUAUUGAUGAAUCUCUAUUGGCGCCGCAAGCGCCCAAUGAAUCCCCAGAUGAAGACGCGUCGAAACAAUUUUAUCCUCGCCCUGGAAAUGGACAACGUUCAACAAUAAAUGAUCCGAAUCUGCUGUCGUCUUUGGAUCUGGCGGGCUGUGACACAACUUCGAAGCACAGAGACCUGCAGUCGAUAUGGUGGCAAUUGACGGGAGGCUGGCCAUUUAGAGUGAGCUUGGAAGCAUAUACGGAUGACGACCAAACGAUCGAUCCAUCAAUCUUUGAGUGA